GAAGGCACAUCAGCAGACCUGACUCACGGCAGCACAGCUCGGGCUGUCAGAGUCCAGCUGCCAGCCGGCUCACACCUGCAACAGUUUCACUCCAUCCUUCCACAGUUUUUAUGUUUCUCCUUCCAGAGCCACCCAGAAAUGGCCAAUCCGCUACCCGUGGUAGCCCAGGAAGAUUUGGAAAGCUUUACGGUGACCAGAACAGGGUCAGGCUUUGCACUCAAAGCCUUCCACAUCUCUUGGAACAGUCCCAUCUCUGUGAAGCUGCUGAGCAGCCAGGACACUACAGAGAGGGAGUGGAAGUUGCUGCUUCAGGACAUAGCAGGUGUCAGAGGCUGUGAGUCUGAACGUCUCCUACCUCCCCUUGGGAUUUACCAGUGCCAUGGACUCGUGGGGUUGGUGACUGGAUGGAUGGACAAUGGAUCCCUGCACUCGCUCAUCCAUGAGCGUCAGCUGUACCCAGACCUUCCAUGUCCCUUACUCCUGAGGAUCCUGUCAGAUGUGGCUGAAGGGCUGCAUCACCUUCACAGCCUCCAGCCUGCCUCCUGCCACUGCAGCCUGAAACCUUCCAAUGUGCUGCUGGAUGGACAGUACAGAGCCAAGAUAUCAGAUUAUGGUCUAACCAACUGGAGGAAACAGCAGCUGAGGUCAGCCCUGCAGAACCAGAGGAGCUGCCAGGAUUUAGUGUACCUCCCUCCUGAAAUCCUUGAAGGAGGCCUUCCUUCCCAGGAAGGUGAUAUUUACAGUUUUGGGAUAAUGUGUUGGGAGAGCCUAAGCAGACAGAAACCUUUUGAAGGUCAAACAGCCCUGCUGGAGGUUCUGACAGGAAUCUGCUGCAGCUCCCGGCCUGGCCUUUCAGAAGAGUUUAUACCAAGCAAUUUUCCUGAGAGGAACAGACUAUUGCACCUCAUUGCUCUGUGCUGGCAUCAGGAUCCAGCUCACAGACCACGGACUGCAGAAUGUGUAGAUCUUCUAAAUGGAAUUUUGACUGGUAUAAAUAAGGAGGUAAUUUCCACAGCAAUCUACAGUCUGAUGGAUGCAAAGGAGAGAGCGCUUGAUGCUUGCAAAGGCUCAGCCACCUACACCCUGCAGACAGGCACCUGCAACUCGGAGAUCAUCUGCCCACCAAAAAACAACCGCUUAAUCAGCAAGAAAAUUCCUCUCAUAGUGCCGAGCUCAACUGGCCUACUUGAUAGCAGUGGAAAUAAUGCAGGAAGAGAGAAUAUUCUUGAGAUGGGUCUGUCAAAUACUAUCCCACAGAAUGCAAAAACAAGAAAAGAUCAUCCAGGCUCUGAGAGUAGAAAACCAAACUUGUUUAGGAAGAUUCCUUUAUCUGGUUCAGCUGCAGACACACAAAGCAGUCAGGAUGUGGCCCCACUGCUGGCUCUUCAGCACAGCCCACAGCCAGUGCACCCUGGACAAGCAGAGACAGGUCCUUGCUGCAGAGGAACCUUCUGUCAGAUCCUCACCUGCCAGAGACAGAGCAUCCUGAGCUGCAUGACAGAGGGCCGCCUGAACCACCUGCUGGACGUGCUGCGCUCGCAGCAGGCGCUGUCCCGGCCGGACUACGAGACCAUCACCUCCCAGCCCACCCUGACCGGCCGGGCCCGGGCCCUGCUGGACACCUGCCUGUGCCUCGGGGAGAGGGCAGCACAGGGGGUGCUGACUGCACUGUCAGGGACCAAGUGCAGUCCUCUGGGACAAGUCAGCCACUGCCCAGACUGCCCUCUGAGGUGAACAGGCUGCUGCCGUGCUGCAGUGCUUUGCAGUGUUACACCCCUCUGAGCAGCAGAGCUUUGUGACAGCAGUGACUCACAUUAACUCCUCAUACCAGCGACCAAAGUCAAUCCUUCCUACAGCCCAGGAUUUUUGUAAGGUUGAAAGGCUUCAGAGAAUCAAGAAGUAUUUCUUCAACAGGGCCUUAAGGAAGACUCGGAUGGGAGACUGCCUGGGAAUACUGAGUGCUGGAGGCUUCCUUGCCUUCUUCUGAACUUAUCCAUGGACACGGAUGCUUUGGAGUGUCCUGCUGCUGCCUGGGCUCAUCCACAGGUCACAGACCCUUCGAGUUCACACUGGAGUUCCAGUUUGUCCAGUACACAGAAACACUGCUGUUAUCAAAAUGUUCCCAGGCACAGCAGAGUAAGAUAAGUGGUACAGCAAGCAGUGAUAGCAAAAGCCAGCCAUGAACAAGCACUAAUGUACAGAAGGCAGCAAGCCCCAUGGCAAGCACAGAGCCUGUCAACAGCUCAACAGCAAGAGCAGCUAUAAAUGUGAUCUAGCACAUUCCAAUCAAAUCUGGUGUUGCCUUGGACCCCUCAAGCCUUGUAUUGGGUGCUGUGACUGUGUAAGCUCUGCUCAGCAAUAACAAAAACAUCCCUGAAUUAUCGACACUGUUUUCGGCACAAAUCCAGAGCACAGCCCCGUAGUGCUGCUAUGAAGAAAAUUAACCCUACCCCAUCCAAAACCAACAAAACCCAUCCAAAACUGUGAAGGAAAAUAAUAUUACUCUAAUUAUAAUGAAAAUGAUGAUAUAAGAUGCCAGUUUUUUGAAGGCCCAGUGGGAUUUCAAGCUCCAUGGCACCAGAUUAACAUGAGAAUUUAUACAAUCUACAGGUAUUUCAAACACAAAACCAUGUUACUCUGUUGCUUUUGUUCUCUCUGCAGUCUCAAAGUGCUCACUGAAUUGAACAGUUUGGCAGAUUGCAAUUUUGAGUACAGUAAUAUGUUGUCUAGGCACACUUAAAGAGAGAAGAAAUUUGUUACAUCAAAUUUCCAGCUACAGUACUGCUGAAAGCACAAACGUAACUUUCUUUUACAUAACUUAAUUAAACUUUGAGAUUGCCUUGAGAUAAAAUAUUGUUACUAUUAAAAGCAAUGUCUAU